CUUUUUUCUCGUGUUACUGUCUGGUGUAGCUAGUUGGCCAGCUUCAUCUAUUUCUGAGAGCUAGUAGAUAACAGGCGGAUAAACAAAAAUCUGUUUUUUCUUCGAAAUUAUAUUAACUUACUUAGAACCAAACGUACAAAGAAUGAGAAGAGUUACCCUGUUUGUUAACGGGACGUCUAAAAAUGGCAAGGUGGUAGCAGUUUACGGGACCUUGUCUGACUUACUGUCAGUAGCGAGCAAUAAGCUGGGAAUCAAAGCCUCCUGUUUAUACAACGGGAAGGGUGGUCUCAUAGAUGACAUCGUCCUAAUAAGAGAUGAUGACGUGCUGUAUGUGUCGGAGGGAGAUCCAUUUAUUGACCCACAGCAUGCAGUCAACGUUACAUCUGAUCAGCACGGAGCACACACUGACUGGCUGACCCUGAAUAUCGGUGGUCGCCUCUUUACCACCACAAGGAGUACUUUGGUCAGCAAGGAGCCUGAGAGCAUGCUCGCUCACAUGUUCCGUGAAAAAGAUGUGUGGGGAAACAAACAGGACCAGCAUGGGGCUUACCUAAUUGACCGUAGCCCUGAAUAUUUUGAGCCGAUUCUCAACUACUUAAGACAUGGUCAGCUCAUUGUCAACGAAGGAAUAAAUAUCCGAGGGGUCCUGGAGGAGGCUCGCUUCUUUGGAAUAGAGCAGCUGGCUGAACAGCUGGAAGUAGUAAUCAAGAAUUCUCAGCCACCCGAGGACCACUCUCCCAUUUCCCGAAAGGAGUUUGUUCGUUUUCUUCUGGCAACCUCCACCAAGUCAGAGCUCCGCUGCCAGGGUCUGAACUUUAGCGGUGCUGAUCUGUCCCGACUCGAUCUGCGUUAUAUUAACUUCAAGAUGGCUAACCUCAGUCGAUGCAAUUUGACACACGCUAAUCUGUGCUGUUCCAAUCUGGAGCGGGCUGACCUUUCUGGAGCCAACCUGGAUUGCGCUAAUUUACAAGGAGUCAAGAUGCUCUGCUGCAACGCUGAGGGAGCUUCUUUAAAAGGAUGCAACUUUGAAGAUCCAUCUGGACUGAAGGCCAAUCUUGAAGGUGCGAAUCUGAAAGGAGUGGACAUGGAAGGAAGCCAGAUGACCGGAAUCAACCUGCGUGUGGCCACUCUGAAAAAUGCAAAGCUGAAGAACUGCAACCUGCGGGGGGCCACUUUAGCGGGGACCGAUUUGGAGAACUGUGACUUGUCUGGCUGCGAUUUGCAAGAAGCCAACCUGAGAGGGUCCAACGUAAAGGGAGCCAUUUUUGAAGAGAUGCUGACCCCGCUGCACAUGUCGCAGAGUGUCAGAUAACUCAUCUGCAAGACCAGCUUUCUCUCUCUCUGUCUCGCUAUAUUUCCUCCCUCUUCAGCAGGUCAUACAGCACGUUCCUCCUCACUGAAUUUGGCUUUACCUGUCCCUGGCAGUCCGACAAUAUUAUGCUAGCUUUGAAUUUCUUGCACUAUAAAGCUUCCAGGGUUGACAGGGUGUGUUUCAUAAACAUUCAGCUGCAUUUAUCACCAAAACUAAGUAAUCUUCCUGGUGUGUGUUCUGUCCGGAUGUAGUCCAGUGAUUCUGCUUGUUAUACGUAUCAUGUAAUUUCUAUUUACUUUAUUUUACUUAACAUGUUAACUGGAGUUCAAAUCAGAUUACAUGUAAGCAUUAAGGCCAAGCUUCACUGAAUGCUGCUGUAGCAAAAACAGAAGGCGUUACUACACCAGUUACUGUGUCCGUAUACAAAGGAUUUCUCUUUAAAUAUGGAACCUAACGUUGCUGGAUUUAACAAGCAACGCAAGCCAAAGCCAUACAGCACAGCAGCGUAGUCUAAAAUGCUGAAACUGCUGCCAGUGCACCACAAAACUAUGCUACAGCUUGAGUAUGCAAUGCAUGAUUUUGAGCUGUGAGGUUUGUUAGUUCCUUCUUUACAAUGCUGCUUUGUUUGUUUUAGUGCUCUGUGAAUCUACCUCCUCCACCAUUCCUAUGUGUAAGUGAUCCACAGUUGCAUGCAUAUAAAUGUUACAUGGCUUGUUGAAUCAUUAAUGUGUGUUUGGAACAAUGCGCUAUAUACUCUUUUAUAUCAGCUACUCAUGCUUUGAACCUAUUUGCACAUGUCUGUUACCUUGUUACAUGGUAUACCUUCACACCGAAAUGUCUUGGUGCUUCUCUGACGUACAGUGAUGUAAAUGUAAAAUGAAUCCAGUGCUUCCAAAGCUUUGUCAGUGUAGCUCGAUGUUGUACUCUUGUAAGAUUUCUCACCUCGCUUUUAGUCCGUAUCCGUUAGCGUGUGUGAAGACCUUUGUUUGUGGAAGACUGGUGAAGUUUCUCUGGCUGCGGUUCAAAGCUGCUCUGAUGGAAUACUACAGCCUUCACUCAGUCAGAUCGUAGGUAGGUAGCCUCUCAGAAUAAAUAAUGAAGGCAAUCAUGUUGUGUAUUUAUACUCAAGAGGUCAAGUCAAUGGGAGAGCUAUUUUUAUUUAUUUUAAUACUCAAUGAAUGCAAUAUAGGCAAGAUUUGUGUGUCAGAUAAAGUUAUGUCCUGUUAUUGCACUCAACCAUGGAAAUAUUUCCAUGAAGGACUAUUAUAAAUAAACUGCUACAAAGAGA